AUGCAGACGGUCGGAGUGGAGCCUUCUCCUGACCAUCAUGGUCGAGCUGAUUACAAUCAGCAGGAGUUUCAGGCAUUGGCCGACGAGGCUACUAGGCUUCGUUUGCAAUGCAUGUUCGGCUUGCUCUCCGUCCGCCCCAUAAAAAGACUCAUCCACAAGCUCAAGGUAAAGCCGCGACUGCAGACCCCCGAGCAGCAGCAGAAGCUCCGUGACAUUGUGGCAGCAUACGAUGGCUCUGACGAUGCAGCCGACACAGGCUACCGCUUGCGCGCAGCAUCGUGCCUCUUCACGUACAACUCGGCCGAGCUGUCUGAAGACUGGUGGGAGCCCUUUGUGGCCUGGCUGCAAACCCUCGAGUUCGUCUUCCGCUGGACAGCUACGAUGGAGACGUCUCUACGAUCUGGUAUUGAGGGCCGCCUCCACCUGCAUGUCUUCAUGGAGUUCAAUAAAGCUGUUGAUUGGACAGGCCUUCGUGCCGUCACUUUCAACGGCGUUCGACCCAAUGCGCAAGCCACAGCAGGUCGGGGGGCGAAGAUGAGGGAAAUGAAAAACCACGGUCAUUUCUAUGUCUUUGCGGACAAGGUCGGGACUUUGAAGGUAGCCACAUCUGGGUAUGAACCUUGGAAAGAUUAUCCAGUCAAAGGCUGGUGGCUGGAUUCUUUGUGGUCUGAACACAAACUGACACACGAUGUCUACCUUCGCUAUGCGUGUCAAGUGCGCCUUGGCUUCGUCGGAAGGCUGAAGCAAGUGGAGAGUGUUCGCUUCCACGAGCGCCUCGGCGAAUACCAGGCCGAGCAGCUCGCCACGGAGCAAAGGCUCCAGGCUUUGAAGCGACCUUUCCGACCUGAAGUUUUGGCUGCUCUGCAGCCCUGGGCUGACCAGUACAGCGCGGACCAACUCCGGUACAAGUUCCUGGUCUUGCGGGGGGGGUCCAGAACUGGUAAGAGCACGCUGGCGAAGUCGCUUGGCGAUGUAUAUGGCUGGGGCAGCCCUUACAUCCAGACGGUUCAGGGUGCACCGGCCCCUGAUCUGAAGGAGUUUGACAAAGAGUCUCACGGGUACAUUCUCUUUGACAACGUGAAUGAUAUGCAGUUCGUGCUGGACUACCGCGCCCUGGUGCAGUCCAACAACUCCGUGCACACACUGGGUCAAUCCCAAACAGGCAUGUAUGCAUAUCGUGUGUGGGUCUACAAAGUCCCCAUAGUCAUGACCGUGGAUGACAGUGCUGUGUGGAAUUCUCACGAGCCCUGGAUCCGCGAAAACAUGUUUGAGCUGGUGCUGCGCGGCCCGUGCUACGAGUGA